UUUCUAUACAGUAUAAGGCCAGUCAAACAAACCAUGUAGCUUGAUCUUGUGAACAUAACUUUGAGGCAGCUCCUUCAACAUCUGAUUCAAAAGGAAGGAUGCCAUUCCACAACCCUCUGUCUUCCCUCUCUUCUUUGUGGUCUUUCAUGCAAAUAUCGUGACCACAAAGGCUGGGUUCUGAUGCACCAGCUCUUCUUUAAGGCAGCACUUACUUCAGUGUUCAUACAGCCUAGUCUGGGAACAAUGACUCUCAAGGCAUCUGUUUCUUUCUGCUGGAGUUGGCUGACUUUCUGCCUGGUGGCAACUACAGUCCAAGGUGCCAAACCAAGCUCCAUCCUUGACCAGCAGAGUGGAGGUGCACUUGUGACACCAGCGCAAGGAGCCUCAGAGCAUGUCACAGCUCCAAGACCCACCCUGGCCAGAUGCAACAUCAGGAAGCUAAAGCGAGCCAGCCCAUAUGACCCAGGCCUCACUGGCUACGAUCCCCGGGCAGGUGACUGUGAGAUUAUUCCAAUAACUCCUGCAGUGACCCCACCCGAGUCAGUUUCUCCAACAGAUGCCACAAUCAAAGCUGUUGUCAAGGCACAUCGGAGACCACCAGCAGUUCCAGGCACAGGAUCCAGGCUCUUCUACAUCAUUCCCAGUCCCUCAUAUGGAAGAUACAUCUUUUAUGCCCCCUUUCAGGUCCCUUUGUAUUACAGAAGUUAUGUCCCGGUUAAACGAAGACCCUAUACUUACAAGUAUAUCUCACCUGUCAAAUCACAAAGGGCUGGCUCAUCUGAAGAAUGGAGGAGGAAGAGGGAGGCUCCUUCAAUACUUGGAAAGGAAGGGAGGAUGAAGGAUGCCAAACAGAAACCAAAUGCUGCCUUGUACUUCCACUCUCUCAAGCACAUAGCACCUACUAACCUCGAGGUUGAAGGCAACAAUUGAAAAAGGACCAUGAACAGCAUUGUCUACUGCUGGAGAGGAGAUGAAUGAAUAUUUGAUGUAACAUGACAAUUCCUAAGGUAUUUUAAAUAUUAGCUUUUUGUAUGAUGGUAGAGGCAGCUCUAGGGGAGCACAGCUGGUUGCCCUUGCUCAUGGCUAGUUACAUGACAUCUGUGGCCAGCAGGGAAUUUCUCCUCUGAAUAUGACCUGAUUGACUUGGACAGGCUCAGGAAUGGCAACAAAAACAGAGACAAAAUAGGAAGCAAAGCUGUUAGGGUGAACCACUCAGUCAAUCUGAUGUUUGUACAGGUGAUACUAACUUUACAAAACAGAGUAGUCAUUGCUGACACCUGUGUGCUAGCAGCAGUUAAACAUUGCACAGUACUUGGGAGCACUGUGGCCUUUGUGCAGCACUUCCAAGCUCUGUUCUGUGUCAGUUUGAAACUAUACUAAUGCAUAGUGAAAUAUCUUGGGAAUAGGAGAGGGAGGUGGGGCAACAGGCUGGCUAGUCUAUGGAAUCUUCAUGCUCACCAGUUAAUUGAGAGAGAUUUACAAUGACACUUCCCUUCAGCUGAAAUUUGUUUUAGUGAAAUAGUUUUAUAAUGCAGUCUUCUGCACUGCUACUGAAAUGGUACGCUGUAAUCGUAGUAGGCCAUGUACAGGCAAUGCCAUAACCAGCCGUGGAAAGACAGCACUACAAAUACAACCCCCCACCUUCUGCUCUGAAGACACUACAUAAAUAAGACCCCGACUUUGCAACUGCUUAAGCACAUUCUUUUCUUUAAGCUCAUGAAUAAACUUAUUUCAGUCAA